GUCUCGCUGACCACUCAGGAGAGGCCCAGGCGCCCGUCGAGCCCCGGGAGUCUAGCUGAGCCUAGCCGAGCGGGGCGGCCGGCGGCCCCGGCCGAGGGCCUGUGAGCGCCCCGGGCCACUCCCGGCCGAGGCCUGCAGGGGGCCGCCCCGCGCGGGGAUGGCGCUCUCGGGAGCGAGCACCUCUGGGUCCAGACCCUUGCUGGGUGGCUGUGCCAGUUGGGGAUGCGUCCGCAUUCUCCCGGCCCUUAGGCCCAAUUUGUUAGGCCACAGGCUCGGGGUUGGUGGGCCUGCCUGCCACGAACGCCCAUACACGCAGGUGCACACACGCUCGGGGCCUUGGCGAUCUCCUUCAGGUCGUUCGGGCUUCAUACUGAAGCCCUCCCUUGCACCCUCCACGCUGCGGCCCUCGGGACAGGAAAUCUCCCGCUAGGGCCCGCGAUCCCCAGCCUUCCGAGAGCUGGGUCUGCCUGUCUGCAGCCCACCUGGGUCGCGAGUGAGGCCUGGGGAAGGUACGCGCCGCGGCCACGGGGCCCGGAGAGCGGCGGGGAGAGGGAGCCGGCCCGCCCCCGCCUCGGCGCCCUGCAGGCCCGCCCCCGCCGUCUCCCGGGUCGGGGGAGGGGGUCGGUUAGUGCGCCCACCCUCCUGCCCCGACGCGCCCCUCCUCUGUGCACGCUCGGCCUGGGUCUCCGGCCCGCCGCCGUUACCACCCCCUUUUGGCUCGUCAUUUCCUCUCCUCCCCGCCCCGCUCGCCGGGGCAGAACCGCACACCUCCGUCUUGGAGUCCGACCAAGCGGUCUCCCUUUCUUGUCCUGGCUGUACAGCUGGCCAGCCCCUUCGGUGCCUGGAGCGUCACUCUUAGAAGAUUGCCAGCCCUGCUCAUUCCUUUUCCCGGAGCAACUCUUGUUUCUCACAUCAGUAGUCUUCUCCAUUGCUCAUCCUGUGAACUCUCUUUUCUUUGGGAAUGUAGAAUUCUUUUGUUGUUGUUGUUUUCCUUUCACCUUUUUGUGACCCUUUGAAUGUGUCAGGCUUGACCCAUUAGCUCAGUCCAUGGGCGUCUUUUGAUUUAUUUACUUUUGUAUACUUUCUAACUUCACGUUAACGUUUUGUAAGCGGAUAUUUGUAGAAACUUCACAGUGUUGUGGGAUUUUCGUUAGGGUGAGAAAAAGAAUGUUGACAGCCAUGUCUCUAGCAGUUAAUUUGUACCAAGCAGCGAUCUGUGUGCUGGGGAGGAAUUAGGUAGAGGUAAAUAGUAAAUAACCUUACUUCCCUGCUGGAGAUUGACAAGCGAACGACUAAUUAAUCCUAACGGUACAAUGAGGCCAAGUUCAAUUCUGUAAAGUACUGGUGUGUGAGCUACCCACAGCCUCAGUGGAAGACUCAGUGUUACCACACUUUUCAUCGGCCUUGGAGGACAAUGGGAUUUCUGCAGACAGGAAGGAAUGGAAGAGCACUACUCACGGAAAAGAACAUGUGCGGAGGCACCAAACUGUGCUAUUGGAAGUGGGGGACCCGGUGGGAUGGGCUAGGACACUGGGCAGUUCUGAUGAGAAUUUAGGCUGGAAAGCCCAGUUGGUAAAAGUGCCUGUAUAUCUUGAUAAGAAUUUUCAGAAGCAGUUAAUUUUUUGGAGGUUCAGAUGGAAGAAAUCUGAAAGUAUGUGUUUUUUUUUCCCAGGGUUGGAAAAACAAGUUUCUGACCUGUGAGCUUCUGCUCCAUAACAGCAGCUGAGUUUUGGGGCAGAAAGGGAGAUUUUUCUCCUAGGACUUUAGAAAUUUUUACUCAAGCACCUACUACAGUCCCUGGCACAUAGAGGAGGUCUUAAGUAUAUGGUGCCCAUUUUUAUAAUCAUAUUUAAGGCCAUACAACUGGUAGGUUUCAGAAAACUCCUGAUCCAGCGCUCUCUCCACUAUGAAAACUUCAGAGACAGGUUUUUUUGUUUUCAUUUUUUAAAAUCAUCUUUAAAGAUGAUGAUAAGUAGUAAAUAAGGUUAUUUACUAUUUACCUCUACCAUGAAAGAUGUUUAAGUCAUCUUAACUUCAUUUAAUCCUUGGACAUUGUCCACAUUACUAGGUGGGCACCAUGUCUAAGGCAUUUUUUAAAACCUUUUUGCUUUUUGAAUAUUGUUUGCUUUUUGAAUAUUGUUUUAACCUUGGCAUGUAAAAACAGAUACAUCUAGUCACUUCAAAACCACCAAGCACUUUCACUAGACUUCUUUCCAAAAGGCAGUUUAUAGAGUCUGGUCUCUGUUGUGUUACGCAUCUCUAGAGCCUCCACCGUCUGCAGAAGAACUUCUUUGCCUGGAAUUUUAAGAGACUAUAUUCUAGCAUCUAGCUUUCUUCUCUUGACAUGGGGCUUUUAGUCCGCUGUUCAUAUCCUGCAGUUACUCUGUCCUUGCUUUUAUGCUGUCUCUUCAUUUAGAGUACUCCACCCCUUCCCACAUCAUCACAUUUAUAAAUCCUUCUCACACUUCGGACCAGAUCAGAUGCCACAUUUUCCUAGGGACUUCCUUGACUUAACUGUCCCCAAGUGGAAGAAAUGUCUGUUCUCCAUAUUACCUGUUUCUCUCUUAGGGUUCCAGUAAAGAUUUUUACUUUACCAAACUUAAAGAUUCUUUGAAGUUAGGAUCUUCGUCGGGAUUUUCUUUUUAUUUCUGAAACCUUGAGGGUGGUGUCUCGCAGGUGGUGCGUCAUUAGUAGAGACAAGGAGCGAGUUAGGAACUCCAAUCCAGAAAUCUCUUGGACAGUAGGGAAGGGACAGUUAUUUUUUUCUCCGGCCUUUUCACAAACAGAUCAGGACUCAUUUGCUGAGUUGUGAAGUCAAUUUGCUGAGUAGUGCUGCUAAUUUUUUAUAAUGCAAUAGGAAAUAUUAAUGUGCACCUUAGGUUACACAAAUCUAAGUAUUCACAGAACUUGUUUCAGUUACUUUUUUUCCUCUGCGGUGAUGUAUGUGGUGAUUCGUGAUAGAAAAUGUGUUUCUUCCUGUGAAUUGUGGUCAAAAAAGUUUGGAAGCACUGUUACAGCCUUUACCUGGUAGUGAUUAUUAAGUAUGGUAAUUUUGAGGGGCUUUUCACAUGCUUAUGGUUGAGUUUUGGGAAAUUUUCAUUUUAAAAUGUGUAUAGAGCCACAUAGAAUGGAUUCCUAGUAGUUAGCUACAUUUAGAGUUCUGCACCUUGAAUUGGGAAAGAAGGGGAUUUUCGUGCUCGCCAAAAUAGAGACACACUCGCUCUUUUGAGGGAGAAACUGUUAGGAUCAAGAGCUGGACCGAGUAAAUCUGGCUGACUUAAUUUUGUUCAAAGCUUGGGCAGAAAAGCACUCCAGGAAAGACAGUGUCACAUUAUAUUGCAGUUUUGCUAACUGAAGCUUGUGGUAAUAGGAGCACAUGGCUUCAGUGAAGCCAGUUGGGUACGUUCUCCCCAUUAGCAGUCUCAGUAUCAUGCGGCAGUCUGAAUCUCUCAUUAAUGUGAGACAGAAUUAGACUGAGAACUGCUUCCUUUUUCACCCGUCAAGGCAUAAUGGAUUGAAAAGUCUUUAAAUUAGAGUGUUUGUAUUGCCAGGAUAAACUAGGUAAGAAGGAAAUCUGUACAACAUUCUGUUUAUUGCUCAUGUACUUGAUAAAUUUCUGGAAAUUAGUGAUCAAGGAAAAAAAUCUACAGGAAUGGGAUUUGGGUGGGGGAGGUAUUGAAAUAGGACAUUCCUUCAUGAUCCUAAAUUUUUAAAUCAACUAUUAAGGUAUAGUUUAGACACAAAGCGUAAUCUUUUUAAGUGUACAUUUUGAUGAACUUCGACAAGUUUAUACACCUAUGCAACCACCACAACAAUAAAAAUAUAUAAAACAUUUUCAUCACCCCAAAAAGUUCAGAUGCUAUAUCCCAAUCAACUCCCCACCCUCACCCCUUCCCCCCUUUCCAAUCCCAGGAAACCACUGACCUGUUUUCUGUCUCUAGGCUAUUGUGGUCUUUUUAGGGUUUCAUAUAAGUGGAAUCCUUUGCUCUUUUGUAUCAUGACCUAAGGGUCACUAGUUUACAAACAUAAAUCUAUUGUACUGCAGUUAAAGACAAGAUAGUUCAGGGAAGACCAUUAACUUCCCUGGCAGGGGCACUUACUUAGUCUUGCUGAAAACCCGAUUUUCUGUACUGUUCCCAGAAUCUCUCAGGAGCUGACUUCAUCAACUAGCUCAGGGAGUGAACCGGUAUAAAAAUCAGAAAGUCAGUUUGUUCGUAUGCAGUGAGAAAUAACCAUCAAGUUUACUUGUGUUGCUGAUCACAUUUGCUCUCUGUUGCUAUAUCUGUAUGUAAAUCCAAAUUAGAUAGUUGCUUGGUGAGCAUUCUAUCAGAGCAAGGGGAGUGAGUUGGCUCCCAUAUGGCUACAGAACAUCAUGCUGUGGCAGCAUAGUCAUCCUGUCCUUAUUUAUGUCUCUCUUACUCUGCCUACCCUUUUGGUUAUGAGUAAUAGGCUAUGCACACAUUUUAGUACAAACGUUUUCCAAACAUAUAGUGAAGUUGAAAGAAUUUUACAAUGAACACCAGCAUACCCAUUCCCUCGAGUCAGCUGUUCACGUCGUACCAUACUUGACUUACCGGGUAUUUCUAUCCAUUCAUCUAUCAAUCCAUCCUAUUUUUUGAUGCAUUUCAAAGUGAACGUUAGACCUCAGUAUACUUCUUCCUAAAUACUUGCACAUGCACUUGAAUAUAUUUUAUUUCUUUCACACCAUAUUGAGACAUUUUGCAAGUAAUUAAUCUCAUCUAGCAUGUGUGGAUUUAUGGAUAGUAGUGCAUCACUUUGCUUAUGUAACCUGCAGUUCAUUUUGGCUGACAUAAGUUUAUCAUUCAAAUUUUGGAACGUAUGAAGGCCUAGAGAAAAAUUGGGGCAAAGAUUUAUCUACAUUUUGCUUAUAUAUAUAUGCCUGUACCUUCCCCAUACUUCCAAGGUGAAUUAGUCUUUGGCAGUUGGUAUAAUUUUAAAUUUCGAAUCAAGUCUAUCCCAGGUUCUCAAAUAUUUCCAUUUAUCUAAUCAUGUCCUUAUUUCAGAAGAGUCUGUAACUGAUAAGGGUUGUGAAAAGGAUAAAUUUGAGCAAGGCCUGGAUAUUCAAUAAUAUUAAAGACUUAGUAAUUUUGUAAUGUUUGAAAUCAUACUGUAGAGACAAUAUUGUGAUAACCUGGUAAAGACAAAAGAAGAGCCUUUACUCUUUAGAGAUAGAUGCUGAAGUGUUCACAGAAUUUUGGAAUAAUACAGCGUCUGGGAUUUAUUUCAAAGUAACUCAGGGGUGAGUGGAAAGUGGACGAGUUGUGUGAGACAGGAUUGAGCAUGGGUAAGAGUUGGAGAUGGCUGUGUGGGGUUCAUUAAUGAUCUCGCUACUCUUGUAUAGGUUUGGAAACUGCCAUAAAGAGAAUUAAAAUUAUAUAAUAAAGGGUAGGCUAUUACUAGGCAUUCAAAUGCAAGAGUGAAGGAAACUUAAGUUCUUUUUAGAGGAACUCAUAGCCUCAAUAUGUUGUAUAAAACUUUCCUUCUAUUUAAUCUGUAAACAUCAUUUUUGCCAUUACUAUAACUUCUUAUUCCUUCCUCUGAAUUAAAAUGCAAAACGCUAAGCCUUUGUUCGAGCUAUCUACUUAAUGAAGAUUUUGAUAAGCAAAAUGGUUGAUUUCAGGUCUGGGUAAUUGACUUACUAAGCAAUAAACCCUGAAGUUUUAAAUUGCAGACCAUAUGUAGAGAACUGGAGUAACCCCUUUGGUAUAGUAUUGGCAGGCAGCAAAUGUAUGUUAUAAAUUGAAGAAACUGUUUCUCCUCUGAAGUCAUGUGCAGACCUGGGAACUAGUGUUAAAUGGGUCUUGCAACAAAGUGACACUGUAGUUUAAGGAGUAUUUUUCUAAGAUGGAAGUGUUGCACUACUGGUAGUAUUGAAAGGUAAGGCUGCCAGUAAGAAAUGACUAAAAGCACUUUUAAGGCAUGUGAAAUGGCAUUAUGAUGUUGUUGGCGUGAGUGUGCCCUGUAAUCGUAGAUACAAAUGAUAUCAAAAUGAACAUUUCCUAUUCUCUUCCCCAGUUUUCUUACAAAUGAAGCACAGCAGUAAGUUAUCGAUGUUAAUCGUCUGGCGAGGCUUUUGUUAACAAUCUCACUUAGUUUCUUUCCCAACCUUUCUAAUAGGAGUGCGUUUUGCAGUCUUCUAGGACCUCCAGAGUGAAACUCACUGUGGCCAGGAUUCUAACUUGGAGGGAUCAUGGAGCAGUAUACAGCAAACAGCAAUAGUUCGACAGAGCAGAUUGUUGUGCAGGCUGGACAGAUUCAGCAGCAGCAGCAGGGUGGUGUCACUGCUGUCCAGUUGCAGACUGAGGCCCAGGUGGCAUCCGCCUCAGGCCAGCAAGUCCAGACCCUCCAGGUAGUCCAGGGGCAGCCAUUAAUGGUACAGGUCAGUGGAGGCCAGUUAAUCACAUCAACUGGCCAACCUAUCAUGGUCCAAGCUGUCCCUGGUGGACAAGGUCAAACCAUCAUGCAAGUACCUGUGUCUGGGACACAGGGUUUGCAGCAGAUACAGUUGGUGCCACCUGGACAGAUCCAGAUCCAGGGUGGGCAGGCUGUGCAGGUGCAGGGCCAGCAGGGCCAGACCCAGCAGAUCAUCAUCCAGCAGCCCCAGACGGCAGUCACUGCUGGCCAGACCCAGACCCAGCAGCAGAUUGCGGUCCAGGGCCAGCAAGUGGCUCAGACUGCUGAAGGGCAGACCAUCGUCUAUCAGCCAGUUAAUGCAGAUGGCACCAUUCUGCAGCAAGUCACAGUCCCUGUUUCAGGCAUGAUCACCAUCCCAGCAGCCAGUUUGGCAGGAGCACAGAUUGUUCAGACAGGAGCCAACACCAACACCACCAGCAGUGGACAGGGGACUGUCACUGUGACACUACCGGUGGCAGGCAAUGUGGUCAAUUCAGGAGGGAUGGUCAUGAUGGUGCCUGGUGCUGGCUCUGUGCCUGCUAUCCAAAGAAUCCCUCUCCCUGGGGCAGAGAUGCUGGAAGAAGAGCCUCUCUAUGUGAAUGCCAAACAGUACCACCGUAUACUGAAGAGGAGGCAAGCCCGGGCUAAACUAGAGGCCGAAGGGAAAAUUCCAAAGGAAAGAAGGAAAUACCUGCAUGAGUCUCGGCACCGUCACGCCAUGGCUCGGAAGCGGGGUGAAGGUGGACGGUUUUUCUCUCCAAAGGAAAAGGAUAGUCCCCAUAUGCAGGAUCCAAACCAAGCAGAUGAAGAAGCAAUGACACAGAUCAUCCGAGUGUCCUAACCCCAGGCCACGUGAGGGAGCAGAUCAAGGUUAUGUUCCUCGCCACUGUUUCCCACUGUUCCAGGAAAUUGAUCACCUCUUCCGAUGGGACACUGACGAUUACGUUCUGCCCUUUUCUACAGGACAGAAACCACUUAAUUUUUAAUAAGUGGCUCAGUAUUAUAAUUGCAGCGAUGUCUGGCAAAUUGAAGUUGCAGGCCUUUGUCUCGCCCUUUCAGUCAGGGCCUAUUUCAGACUGUUGAUGACAUUGACAUUUCAUGGAUUAGGAUGAUGCAAGGGACGCAUGCACAUAAGUGCACACACACAGCACUUAUGUUGGCUAGUGAAGCCAGCCAGCCAUCUUAGCAGAGAACAACUUUCUCCACCAGGACUGCAAUCAGGGAAGCCAAAGCCCGCUCCUUCCAUGGAAUCUAAGCAGCAUCCAUCCCUCUGACGGGGGAUCGCAGGCUGACUAACUGAACGGACACUCUGUAUUCAGAGGUGGCCUCCAGGCAAGGAAGUUCCAUCUCAUGAUAUGGAAACAAUAAAUUCUCUGAGAUACAUUCAUCUAAUCUGUGGUAAUAAUAGGAAUCUCUUUCUACCCAGAUGGUAGGUUGGUAUUUUUGGACUCCAGCCAAGAAAAAGCUAACUCUGGGGAUAGAAUGACAAGACUCAAGCACUAAAUCUAUAAAUUGCUGAAUCUCUCUUUUUUUUAAAGCCUUGACUUUAAAGUUGUGGUCUGUUGACAGAUCAUCUGGACUGUAUUUCUUGCUUCUGCUGCUUUUAAGACAACGUAGAGGGCAUUGGACCUUGAAACUGCCUUUCCUAAGUAGAGAACAAAACCAUAAAACAACUUCUGUGCUGAGUGCUGAGGACAUUUGUAGUAACUCCUAAACAGAGAGCCAAACUAGAGAUUUUCAAUCAUAGGCUUUGUGACGGCAUUUGGGGAAUAGAAGGGUUCAUAUGUGUUUCAGUCUAGCGAAGAAGAGAGGGUAGUAUAUAUACCCAUGUGUUGUCACAUAGCAUGAUUCUCCAGUGGAUGGAUGCAUGGGAUGGAUUAUGAAAAGAAUAACUUACAGUUCAACUAUAACGCAUGGAAAGGGAGAAGUCCAAGAACUGGUCUUUGACAAUUUCUGUCUGGAAAGCACUGUUCAGUCACAUUCUCCUGGACAUACUCCAGGUUACCUGCUCGAGUUUAAGGUGAAUGUUGGCUUCACUCCUGCAGCACUUUGUUUUGUGCUGGCCCCAGAGAGCAAACAUUCUCUUUAUUCCCCUGGCAGCUGAUUCUUUGGUGCCAGUUUCCAUGUUUCCCUUUUUCUACAUAGGCUUGUCCAGCAGAAAGGUUUUUACAUUGCAUCCACCUUCUGGGGAUAAGCUACAGACUGGUGGUAGUGAUGGCCCGCAGGGUCAGGAAUAGGGCCACAGUUCCCAGAAUGGACUGUGCCUCAGAAAUCGAUUUUCUUUACUAGAUGCUGAACCUUGGGGAACUCUGAUAGGAUUUCAGAAAAAAAGUCGCUGCUUUCUCUAUAACAAGGAAGACCAAAUUCUUUUGAAGAACAUUUGGGUUUGGUUUAAAUAACCAAGAACAAAGAUUGGCACUUUCUUUGAUUUCACCCUAAUUGUAUUAAGAAGGAAAAGAAGUUAAACCUCUGAAGAAAAUAUCACAAAGGGAAAUAAUUGUAAUGGUAGAAAUAGAGGUACAGAGCUAUGCAAAGAAAGAAAGAAUCUCUCUAGUCCCUGGAAUCUAAGUCAUCUGCCCUGGCUUCCAGAGAUAAGGAGAGGCCCACCCUUUGGUAGGCUCACUAGAAACUUCUGGCUCUUGACUUAGGUUUCAGACAUUGACUUCAUUCAGUAAGCCCCAAGUUUUUCAGAUGCUAGUUUACUAAAAGCAAUGAGGAAUUUCAAUCCCUUGUUUUGUUCAGGAGUCUUUAAGAUGCAGAGUUCAGAAAGAAAGUCAUCAGACCUAAGCCAACAGCAGUUCUAAAAUGCUAUUUAUUUGUGUCUGUAAGUUUGUACAUAGUAAUAUCAACCUCAUAUUGUUGCAGUUUUUUUUUUUUU